GAGCAACUACACGUGUACCUUCAGCAGCUUGAACAGACCCACUACCACCAUCUGAGGAAAUUUUGAGAAAUUAAUUCGUGGCUUCGGAAUCUGAAAGCCGCCCAACUAACCUUAACCUACGAUCGUUAAAUCUUCUACAUAUGUAUUAUAUUCUCAUGUGAACAACCAAAUCUUGACUUAUAAUAUACUUUUUCAAAAAGUAUUUACUGAAAACUUUUCAUUUUUUAUUGUUAAUAAACAUACUUGUAUAUUUUAAAUAUUGUGGCUUUUAAUUUUUAUCACUGUGAAUAAAUUAUUUCAUAAUCAAACUAAACAAUGGCAGAAGAAGAACAAUCAGAAUUUCGUCUUGGAGCUGAUCCCAAUGUCACUUAUCCUAUUCAAGUACAAUACUGUGGAAAUUGUUCUCUACCAAUUGAGUACUGUGAAUACUAUCCAGAGUAUGAUAAAUGCAAGCAAUGGUUAGAGGCACAUUUACCAAAAGAAUUUGAAAAAAUAAAAUUACAAGAAGACGGAAUGUCCGGAGAAUCAGGUGCUGGAGAUGAUGAAAAGAAAAGGCAAAAGAGAGGAGGUAAAGGAAUGCUCAAAGCAAAGAAAAAAGAAGACGUUCCUAAAUUAGUGACUGUAUCGAGAGCUCCUAGAGGAAAGAAAAAGUCUGUUACUGUCGUUACUGGCCUCAAUACUUUCCAUAUCGACUUGAAAGUCGCAGCGAAGUUUUUUGGAAGUAAAUUUGCUUGUGGAUCAAGUGUGACGGGAGACGAUGAAAUAGUUAUUCAAGGGGAUGUGAAAGAUGAGUUAUUCGAUGUGAUUCCGGAAAAAUGGCCACAAAUUGAUGAAGACUUAAUCGAUGAUUUAGGAGAUCAGAAAAGAUGAUAAGUGAGAUGAAUACAAAAUUCGCACAAUAUUUAUCUUUACGUCAUUUGAAAUAUUUACUAUAAAUAAAUGUACAUAACAUGUCCAGCAA